UCAUUUAGAUCUCAAGUAGAAUCAGAAACUGCAUGUAAGCAUUCCGGCGCUGCCACCUAAUUUCGGCACAUUUCCCCAUAAAAUGUGGGGAUUAUCGUCAUGUUGUUAAGCGGUGAUUGUUCCAGCGGUAGUCGAGUGGGAUUCCCCGUCUUGUUGCGGACAUCUUCUUCAAAAAUCGCCUUUUAUUCGCAGACAAUGAUGGUGUAUUUUCCCGACGCGACCUACGGGGACUACCUGGCCGUGGGUUUGGCUAUCGUAUUCCUUGCGUUAGCAGUGGCACAGGUUUUCUUUCAUUUUGUUGGAAUAUUCUACGUGAAACUAUGUAUGUACAGAAAACCAACGAAUGUUCUCCGAGAUGAGAUGCCUGGUGUAUCUAUUCUGAAGCCUCUGUGUGGUGUUGAUUCCAACCUCCAACCCAAUCUGGAAUCCUAUUUCCAACUCAGCUAUCCACGGUUUGAACUGCUCAUCUGUAUACAAGACGAAGAGGACGAGGCAAUAAAAGUUGUUAGGCCGCUCAUGGAAAAAUACCCUCAUGUAGACGCAAGAUUAUUUAUAGGUGGGUCAAAGGUCGGCAUUAACCCAAAGGUCAACAAUAUGCUUCCAGGAUACAAGGCAUCAAAGUAUGACAUCAUCAUGAUCAGUGAUAGCGGUAUAUCAGUGUCACCAGAUACUUUAACUGAAAUGGUAUCAAGGAUGUCACCAACUGUGGGCAUGGUCCACGGCCUGCCUUUCGUCCGUGACAGAGCUGGUUUCUCGUCAACGUUAGAUAAGGUUUAUUUUGGUGGAGCACAUGCCCGGAUGUACAUAACGGCAUGUGUUUUUGGAGUAAACUGUGUCUCAGGAAUGCUCAACAUUGUUAGAAAAUCAAUCUUAGAAGAAGCGGGCGGCUUAGUAGAAUUCGCCAAGUACAUUUCUGAGGACUAUUACAUGGGUAUAGCUGUAUUAAAAAGUGGAUUUAAGCAGAGGCUGAGUUUAUUUCCUGCAAUGCAGAAUUCAGGCAGUGCGUCAUUAGCAUCAUUUAGGAAAAGAAUGGUCAGGUGGACCAUGGUUAGAAUAAGCACAGUACCUGUCACGCUCAUAGGGGAACCCAUAAUGGAGUGCCUGGUGUUGGGCGUGGCUGUCUCAUGGGCGGUCUACCACCUGUUCAGCUGGGAUCCUUGCAUCAUCUUCAUCUGCCACACCCUUCUCUGGUUCAUCCUGGACUACUUUCAACUCAAAGUCCUCCAGCGAGGUCCCCUGAACUUCACCAAAGUGGACUAUGCAUUGGCCUGGUUCUACCGGGAGAUCAUGUUCAUCUUCUACUUCCUAGAGGGCGCUCUAAGCCAGACGGUCACAUGGCGGACGGGGACGUAUCGUCUCCGGUGGGGCGGGUACUUGGAAGAAUGCUGACACCAAACCUACGAAUCGUUGUAAGAAUGCUGACACCGAACCUACGAUCCGUUGUAAGACUUUGAAUGAACAGAGAAAAGACGGUGCUCAUCGACUGAAAGCGUUGUCCGCAGAGGUUCCAAAACUUCUUCACCCGGUACCGUUUCCAAAGAAACAUUGUGCAAUGAGGGCUGUAAUAGUUUUAGUAUGGUUGUGUUAAACUCUACAAAUACGCCAAUUCUGUGUUUGGCAUGAGACAUCAGUAUUGUCAUACAAUGAGAAACAGAAGGACGUUAAAUCAGUUUCAUUUUUUUUUCUUCCAAUCAGUGUAUAUAUCACAAUACAUUUUGUCUUACAGUGACAUACAGAAAGGCAUUAACUCAAGUUUGAGAUUUUUGAAGUAUCAUUCCCAUCGUGCCCAUCUGAUUUUAGUAAUAUAAUGUUAAGAAUGAUUUGCUCAUUUCUAUAUCGUCAGUUUUGGGCUAGAAUGGUGUUACUUCAUAGCAUUCAAUGCCAACUUAAUGACAAAGGAUAAAGGUAAGGCUUUGAAAGGCUUCAGCUACAAAAGUGAUCCAUUUGUCUGUUGGUAUUCAAGAUCCAAUCCAAUCCAGGAAUUAAUAAAGCGCCAAUAUCUAGUUGCCUAAUCAAAGGCGCUGAUGAGACUGAAAAACUACCAAAAAUUUCUGUUCAUGAUUCUAACUUGGAAAGACAAUUAAGAUCAUCCAACCAUUUUCAUAUCAAAUUACUUCAAUGAUAAUCUUCCUUAAGGAAGAAGAAAAAAUAAAUUUGAAGCUCUCAGUUAUUUGUCAGCUUUAUCAGUACUCACAUGUCUCUUAAUAAAAGGAAUAUUUUCACUUCAGCAGCCACAAAAUUACAAAGAUGAUUCCCACGGCUUUCUUGCAUGACAAGACAUUGUACCCUUUCAGCUCCCGCAAAGGUCUUCAGAGGCGGGUUUGCUCAAUUGCUAAACCAUCUACCCGUCAAACCAAAGAUCAUUGGUUCACAUCAAGCAGAGGCAGAGGAUUGAAAACCUUUGGGGUGUGUGAAGCUGCCCCAACAUUUGUUCAUAGACACACGCUAGGUUGCAGUGGGAACAGGCUCUGUCCCUCGGAUAGGACUUUAAAUGGAGGCAACGUGCGGGAGAAGUGUCACCACCCUAAAUACAUGAAGAAGUGAAGAACUCACUCACUCCCUAGAAUUGGGGAAACCUGGGACACAUUUCACAAAGCCUUUUUUUCAAGGACAAAUGACAAAACUCAGUGACAAAUCUGCUGAUAACCAAUUAGAAGCAAGGAUUUCAGUAGCUUAUAACAAAAACUGUCAUUUGUCACUGAUGACAAGUUUUGUGAAACACUCCCUGGUGUAGCGGUACACCUGCACAUCCCAAUCAGCUGUACAGGGAGGAAAGACCUUGGGGUCUCAGUGAUUAAAAGAUGAAAGUUGAGUUUAGGGCCCCGUCUUACAAAGAGUUGCGAUUGAUCCCAAUCAAUUGCAUUCCUACAAUCAAUCGCAAGUUUGCAGUCUCCUAUCUCUUAUGUACAUAGUUGAGAUUGAUAUCAAUUGCAAAGAAGUUUUGAUUGAUAUCAACUCUUUGUAAGACAGGACCCUGGUCAAGCAAUUUCUAUGUGAAAGAAGCAAUUGGGACAUUGCAACAUUAUAUAGCACAUAGAGAUAUGUGUAGAUUGUGAAGUUUUGAAAUGGUCAAAAUGACCAGAAACUUACUCACUCCUCCUGAAAGCUCUGUGCACUGCACACAGGAAUGCAUCUAUGGGACUACACAAACUUGUGGCAUUGAAGUUUGGUCCAAAGCUUUCAGCUGUUUCUCGUAAUAUAUCGUACAGCUCCUUCUUCUGGAUUCAGGACUUUGUAAUAUGUGACCUCAUGGUUUUCACUGUGCGUUACGUUAUCUUCAAGCCUAAGUUCAAGGCUAAGUACAAGGUCAGUACUGUACUAUACAGUAAAGGUGAAUCAAGUAUCAAUCAAAUAUAAAGUGUCUUCAGGGACGUUGUGGUAACUUGUUGGAGUUUUUCUGUAAAUCUAUAUAAAUCUAUUAUAGAAAUUUAUCUGUGAAUAAUAGUUUAUGGAGGUAGAAAAAGUUUAAAUGUACUUCUAGCUCAUGAAUGUAGACUCAUUUUUGGUCUAGACUUUGUUUUAAAUCUUAAUGACUUUUUACUCUAUGUCGUCAGUGAAGCUUUGGAGUAACAUUUUGUUUGUUUUGUCUAAUGUCGGGUUAUUGUUGGAAACUAGUAGUCUUAUUGAUCAGUAAUAAUACUUGUCUUUACUACAGGGUAGAUUCUAGUGCUGAUGUUGAUGUUCACAGUAGGAAAUUGGAUCUUCGUUGAUAACAAUGAGUUGGCAGAGUUGUCCAGUCAGCUAAUUUUGGAAAAAGAUAUGAUAUAGGAGGCA